UCUUGUCCCCUCUGGAUGAGCGGCGGCAGCAGCAGCAGCAGCAGUAGCGUCGCUCUGAAUCCGACGACUCUCCCAUCGACCCGGUCGAGCUGCACCCCUCCUCCCUCUCCUCCGGCUGCCUCCCCGUUCGCUCCUCCCUCUCAUCUCCACCUCCCUCCUGCCUUCACUUUCCAACCCUCCUGCUCCUUCUCCUCCUCCUUCUCGGCUGUGGAUGCCCUCCUCACUUACAGUAUGGACUCGGGAGGGGAAGGAGAAGAGGGUUGGAUGGAGGACCAGUGGGAGAAAUGGUUGACCCAUGACAUCAGCCUGGAUGAGUUCGAAGAUGACGACCUGUCAGAGAUCACAGAGAUCACAGACGAAUGUGGGAUGAGCCUCAACUGCAACGGCCCAGAUAUAAAGGGCCGUGUGAGGCGAGGAACCAAUAGCAUGUCGGGGAAGGCGGAGCUGGGAGCUGUCGGCCAGCUUCAGGCAGAGAUGCUGCAUUUGGACCUCAUCGACGGUGCUGACGGUUACCGCGGUGAGAAAGAGUCCUCCAAGCCGUCCGCCAUCGCAGCCCCGCCAGUCACCAAGGACCCCGCAGCACCUGUUACCAUGGAUACUUACCGGCCCAAGAGACCCACGACCCUUAACCUCUUCCCGAUCGUGCCACGCACACAGGACACAUUAAACAACAACUCUUUUGGCAAGAAAUACAGCUGGCAGGAGAAGGUUUCGGGCUCGUCCUCGCCUCUGAAAACAGGUGACCUGACGCCUCCACGUGAGCACAGCUGCCUGAGCGACGAGGACAAGGUUCAGGGCGGCGGAGCGCAGACCAAAGACCGAGGGACCUCCACCGACGCCCCCUGCAGGCACAGCCACACCUCGGGACACUCGCACGGCUCGUCCACGGCCUCCGCGACACGUUCGAAGCUCCAGGAGAAGCCGCCCGCACCGCCGCCGCCGCAGAACUACACACCAGCUCCUCUGUACCCGACGGGGAAGGCGGAUGGCGGCGGGCACCACCGGGAGAGGAUCCGGUACCACACGGAUGUUCACCUGGAGCCCACAGAGGAGAUCUAUCUGACUCCUGUGCAACGUUCUGCCGACUCCCUGGAACCAACCAACGCCCAGGACCGGCCGUUCCUCUCGCAGCAGACUGAGCAGGGCCGCAUGUCCAUCAGCUCCGACACAGAGGGUCCACCUCCUUAUCAGCCCCUUCCAGACCGGACCAACCCUUCCAUCUUCGAGGAGGACGAGGUCUACGUCGCCCCACCUUCGUAUGCUUCCUGCGUAGAGUCCCUCAUCACGCCACCCAGCAUGGCCGUCUCAGCUCGCUCCUCCCUCGCCCUGGACCUCAGCCUGAAGGGGACAGGGGCCGGGGCCAUGCUGAGAGGCGGCUCGUCGGUGGAAUACGUCGACGCCACGGACGACAGCUACUGUGGGGAGGAUGAGGACGUGGACAGGAUAAUAAUGGACAGAAGGAUGAGGAAGGGGGGAGGAAAGGGAGACGGUGGCGGCAGCAGAGCUGUCCCACUGAGGACUUCCAUGAGCUCGGAGGCCAGCGGUUUAUCAUAUGACUCAGUCAAAUACACACUGGUGGUGGACGAGCACGCUCAGCUGGAGCUCGUCAGUCUCCGGCAGUGUUACCAAGGCUACAGCGACGACAGCGAUUCGGCCACCAUCUACGACAACUGCGUCUCCUCCCCCUACGAGUCGGCCAUUGGGGAGGAGUACGAGGAGGAAGACGAGGACGAUGAGCAUCGAAUAGGAGGAGUCCGGAGGGAGGCCACAGCCUGCCUCUCUGAAGACUCUACUCCAGAGGCAGACCUCCAUUUCUCCAAGAAGUUCCUCAACGUCUUCAUGAAUGGACAGUCUCGCUCCUCCAGUGCAGAGUCCUUUGGAUUAUAUUCCUGUAUCAUAAACGGAGAAGAGAAGGAUCAGAGCCACAGAGCAGUUUACAGGUUCGUGCCUCGACACGACGAUGAGCUGGAGCUGGAGGUGGACGACCCGCUGCUGGUGGAGGUCCAGGCGGAGGAUUACUGGUACGAAGGUUACAACAUGCGGACCGGCGCCCGUGGGAUCUUCCCCGCCUACUACGCCAUAGAGGUGACCAAGGACGCCGAGAGCUACAAAGUUAAAAGCAGCGAAUGGAUGGACAGAUAUCGGCUCAAGUUCCUGGGCUCAGUUCAGGUUCCCUACCACAAAGGAAACGAUGUUCUGUGUGCAGCGAUGCAGAAGAUUGCCACCAACAGAAGGAUGACAGUGAAGCACAACCCGCCUUCCUCCUGCAUCCUGGAGAUCAGCGUGAAAGGCAUCAAGCUUGCAGUUCAGGAGGAUUAUUACGCCUGUGACCGAAGUAACGAAUGCAGUCACUUCUUCCAGUUAAAGAACGUCUCCUUCUGCGGCUAUCACCCCAAAAACAGCAAGUAUUUUGGUUUCAUUACGAAGCACCCAGCGGACCAGAGAUUUGCCUGCCAUGUGUUUGUGUCUGAAAACUCCACCAAACCCCUUGCAGAGUCAGUAGGGAAAGCCUUCCAGUUGUACUAUAAAGAGUUUGUGGAGUUCUCGUGCCCUACAGAGGACAUCUACCUGGAAUAGCCCUGCCUUUAACCACAGCCCUGUACAGUACACCUGUAUCAUAACAUAAUGUUGCAUGAAGGACAGACAUACCUAAAUUAAAAAGAAAAGAAAAAAAAUUAACACAUCUGACAAAUGAGCAGGAAAAAGAUGGAUCAAGUAUUGGAACUGCAGCAACAAGAGAUGAAAAUGAGCCAAAUGAGGAGCGUCUUACGAAAAGAAAAUAUGCAAAAUGCCGUCGGUGAUGAGGUGGUGACCGCAGGCUGUCAGUGGAAAGCACAAACCUUGUAUCUCUACAGCCUUUGGCAGCGCUAGUUAGCCUGUAGCAUCAUCUUAGUAGGUGCAACACUGAAAAGCCCAGGAGAUGUACUGGACUGCACUACACUGUACUUGCACUCGAGAAGAAAAACAUCUGCUGAGAUUUGGGGGAAAUUAACAAGCAAUGAGUUUAAUAUCAACAGUCUAGAAAGAGAGAGGUGUAUAUUUACUAAACAACAUCCUCACACUGAAAAUGUACACUAAGUGAAAUAAAAAUCCAUGUAGAAACGGUGAAUUUUAUCCUUUUAGCACACCACAUAUAAGGGUGUUAUUCACAUUGUUGAAACUACAAAAUCCACCUAAAUCACUGUUAAUAAAACAGCUAUAAGUGAUGUCCGCUGCAUUUUUGGGUCCUUUAGACGUUUUCCGAGGAGGGACAACUGUCACUGUCAAAUCCAGACACAGCUGUAUGAGGCACAAGAGUAGCAUAGGCUCGUGUUACUAUUCACCUUAGUCUGGAACUAUUUUUAAUAGCUGAUGAAGUCAUUUGAAGUGAUAAUGCCAAAAAUGACCUGGUUUCAGCUCCUAUAUCAGUGGUAAACAGUCAGAUGGAGAGAUUUCAACACACAAAAAAUGCAGGCAGUAGAUUAGGAUGCAAAACAACACUUCCCAUGCUACUGGCUCAUCACAAAUUAAAGUAGGAGUAGACAAGGUGUGCUAGACUAAAUUCUAUGGAUGUCCUGAUCGAGUGUUUUGGCCCCAAUGUGAUCCAAGUCGCUUGAUAUUUAGCAUCUGCCAAUGCAACGCCAUUUUCCUUGGUAUUACACACUUCUAGAAUUGCAGAUUGGCUGUAAUACCUGGUAACACCACCAGGUGGAGCCUCUUGUUGUUUGAUACUGAGGAGGUCACUCGGCCUAGGGGCAGUUCCAUGUUGGCUAGUCGAGAGCAUUUUUGAGAAUUUAGCUAGCAAUGGGCACCAUGACAAAGACUACUGUGACGGUUAAUAGCCUCCGGAUAGAGCUUGCCAAUACAAUACUAUUUUCCUAGCUAAAACACACUUCUAGUAUUGCAGACUGGCUGUACUACAUCUCUUAUUGUUUAAUGCUGUAGCAACCAGAGGAGGUGGUCACUGACUUCAGGCAGUUCUGUGUUGGCUAGUAGAGAGCAUUGUAAGAGUUUAGCUAGCAACAGGCACCAUGACAAAGUCUCCUGCACUGCUUAAUGACCUCCUGUUAAAGCUUGUGUUUGAAAAAAAACAUUUGUGUUAUCAAAUUAUUACUGAUUGAGAAUUCUGCAUUUAUGAAAAUGUAUCAAAAUUUGCAUCCCUACUCUACUGUCUUGUCACUAAUUGUGCUCUCCCUUUACACCACCAGGGUGACAGCAGACACUAACAAAGGAUCAAGGUAAACUUCAUGCCAAUACUGAUCAGUUUUUUAAAAAAUCUCUGGAUCGGAUUGGGACAUCCCCAGUAAAAACCCGAAAUCGUAAAUAAAUCCUAAAAUGCACUGUGCGUCACUUGGCUACGAAAAAACAAAGAAAAAAACAGUGUGAGGGUGUACGGGUGUGGAUUUUUCCUUUCAAACUUUUAGCAGCUUCUGUUGGUUGUGUGCUAAGCUAAAGAGCCCCCACCAUAGGCCCAGUAAAGCCUUAGUCCUCGAGUCCUAGUCUAAUGCCAGACACACUGCGCUUCUUUAAUGUGUCUUCUAACUAGGUGUGAAAGCAGAGACAAAGAUGUUAAAUAGGGGGAUAAAGAUGAGGUCCAACAUACAGAAUCUCCUUCAUGUGGUGUUUUAGAAACUUGCUCUUCAGUUUCCACAUCAGAAAUAAGAAAUGCUCUCAGUGUAGCAGCGGUAAGAUAAAGAUGAGGCCGACGCUUGGUACAGGAGGUGCAGGUGCUAACAGGGGAGCAGAAACAAAACUCUGGUGUCUUCAGAUCUUCACUAGUAGUGCCUCUUUUUCAUCAGAUCAUUGUAAGCUUCCUCAGUGAACAUUACCACGACGUUUUAAGGGAUUGCCAUUGAGUGUGUGUUGCGUUUGAAUGCAAAUUGAGAGGUUUUGCUGUGACAUUGCUUUUAAAUCCACUGCAAUAAAUGUGCUGUACUGUGCCUGUGCUGUUAAACCCAAGUCUUGUUUUUCAUCGGUUUGUUUUGGUGCAAAUUUCAUGUAAAGUGCAGAGUGUGUCUGUUACCCAAAAGCAAGAAUUUGAACAGACAAGAUUGAAAAAGUGUAACAAGUCCAAGAAAAUUAUGUAUGAUGCAAGUAUGUAGGAGAGAAAAAUACAAGGUCCAAAAAUAUGCAGGAAAUUCCAUUCUAGACAAUAUUCAUACCUUUGUUGAGCAAAUUAUGCACAUUUGAUCAGUUGUAGAAGAAUCUCUGUGUCAUUAGCUGGUGACUAGCAGUAAGCGAACCAGGUCUGAGGCACCACUUUCACUUUUACCCAGUGGUUGCUUAAAACAAAACACUACAAGCUUUAAACUAUACAAAGGCAGACAUCUAGACGUCAGCGUAGUAUUGCUCUUCUAACCAAUUACCACAUCAUUAUCAGUACAAAAAAAAUCUUUAAUAAACAAGCAAACGUUGGCUCGGCCUACCCAAACGUGUGUCCUGCCCACACAGUUUAAAGUUAAGUAGGAAAAAGGUCUAUCGCUAAUGGAAAAUUGGUCAAGAAGAUACCAUUUCUAACUUCUGGUUGCUGAACAGGCUACAGCAUCCCACAGAGAGUCUUUUGGAUCAUGCAAAGCAAGUAUAAGCACAAACAUGGUCCCACUGCUCAUGAAAACUCACAAAUACCCUGCUUAGUCCUGUAUGAACUGGAACAAGUCAAUGGUUUCAGUAGUCAGGGAUCAACAAAAACACCAAACUAGCCUCAACACCUACCACUUAAGUGAUAAAGCAGAACCAGCUCCGUCUACUACCGAGCAAGUAAAAUGCCAAAUAAAUCAACAUAUACAGAAUACUAAAUGUUCCUUUUUGCUUGAGAUUGGUCACUGUUUAACCAUGUGACCUAGAACCAAUGAGGUCAGAGCCUUGACUGUAGAUUACAGUUGAUUUUUUUUUUUAGAAAACAACAGUUCUAAAAAUGUGCUAAACACCCAAGUAGUUGACACCUAUGCUUGAGACUUACACUUAAGACAGUCCUUACAAAAAUUGGACGUAAAUCAUUGGAUAAAACUUGGAAUGUGAAAUGUUAAGAGACUUAACUUGCUUGAGAUUGGAAAGCAGAACUACCAAAUGCCCCAUUUCCGAUCUGGUGAAAACCUGCGAAUAUUUAAAUAAAAGAUGGCAACAGACAGGUUUUGGAAAACCAAAUGCCAUGUAUAAAUUAGUAAAGGCUUUGAUGUCAGACAUGAAAAACAUCGUUAAUGCAGAGUUAAACGGAAAGCAGUAAUAACAUCUUCCUGGUGAGCAUUGAGAUAUCUGAAAGAUUUGCAUCUCAGUUUGCUGUUAGCUCAUUAAAAUUACUAGAUUAGUCCAGCAACAGACAAAUAAAAUCUAAACCUUUUAAUAUUCCAAUCCUUUCCAAAUUAAAAUCAUUUUUGCAGCUGCUGACCUGACACCUGACCUGCCUUGACCCCAGAAAACCAAAGGAUCGCCUUUUUUUUCUUUCCUUUACAUCAUAAUGGGUGCAACACAAGUACAGCACAAUUGUUUUGAAGUGAAAAGCAAAAUGUUCUUCAUCAUUUAUCACAUUUAACACUGAUUUGUAACAGAUUAUUUCAUGUGAUCUAUAUUUAACAGAGGAUGUAAUGCCUGAAAACGAAAGCUUAACUAAUGAAGGAUAUGGAAAUUUUGUAUUCAGCCAUCUCACCAGUUCCCACAGUUUAUCAAAGACCAGAGACACAAAAGAAAUCUCAAAAUAAACACACAAGUCGUCUGCUGUUGUUGAAAGCCAUUGUGUUGGCAUCAAGAGAUCAACACUCACUUUUAUAUGAAUUCCCUUCUCAAGAGCCGACCAGGCCCGACAGGAGAAAAUGUACUGUAGUGGGGGCUUAUAAGGGUGUACAGACAUGCCAUAUAUAAAUACAUAAUUUAAUAUCUGUAAUUAUAAAUAUGACAUUGUAUUGAUUCAACAUGUAGUAUGUGAAAUUUCUUUUUAUUUUGGAUUUUUUUAAUUAUUAUUUUUAGCUGUGAAUUAUUCUUGAUUUAUAAAUUUUAAUGCAGA